CCCCGGGGCCCCGCUCCGGCCUGGGGAUGGAACCCGCGACCGCGCCCCGGGCCGACAUGGCGCCGGAGCUGAGCCCCGAGGAGGAGCAGGCCACCAAGCAGUUCCUUGAAGAAAUCAACAAUUGGACUGUUCAGUACAAUGUCUCCCCUCUGUCUUGGAACGUGGCCGUCAAGUUCCUCAUGGCCCGGAAGUUUGACGUGAUCCGAGCCAUAGAGUUGUUCCACUCCUACAGAGAAACACGAAGGAAGGAAGGCAUUGUGAAGCUGAAGCCACACGAGGAACCUCUUCGUUCUGAAAUCCUUAGUGGAAAAUUUACCAUCUUAAAUGUUCGCGAUCCAACAGGAGCCUCUAUUGCCCUCUUCACUGCCAGAUUGCAUCAUCCCCAAAAGUCGGUCCAGCAUGUGGUACUUCAAGCUCUGUUUUACUUGUUAGACAGAGCUGUGGAUAGCUUUGAAACUCAGAGAAAUGGAUUGGUGUUUAUCUAUGACAUGUGUGGUUCUAAUUAUGCCAACUUUGAGCUGGAUCUUGGCAAGAAAGUCCUCAACCUGCUGAAGGGUGCAUUCCCAGCUCGCUUGAAAAAAGUGCUGAUUGUGGGAGCUCCCAUAUGGUUUCGAGUGCCGUAUUCCAUCAUCAGCCUCCUUCUGAAGGAUAAGGUCCGGGAGAGGAUUCAGAUAUUAAAGACAAGUGAGGUCAUCCAUCACUUACCCAAGGAGUGUCUUCCAGAAAACCUGGGCGGGUAUGUCAAAAUUGACCUCGCUACUUGGAAUUUCCAGUUCUUACCCCAGAUGAAUGGCCACCCAGACCCAUUCGACGAGAUCAUCCUGCUGUCCCUUCCUCCUGCCUUAGACGGGAACUCAGUACACGUUCCAGGUCCCCAUUCUAUGAGCAUACAAGAACUGAUAGAUUAUGUUAGCACCAGACAGAAGCGGGGGAUAUAUGAGGAAUAUGAAGACAUUCGUCGUGAGAAUCCUGUGGGCACUUUCCACUGUUCCAUGUCUCCAGGAAACCUGGAGAAGAACCGCUAUGGGGAUGUACCAUGUCUGGACCAAACUAGAGUGAAGCUGACGAAACGAAGUAGCCAAACACAGACAGAUUACAUAAAUGCCAGCUUUAUGGAUGGCUAUAAGCAAAAGAAUGCUUACAUUGGUACACAAGGCCCUUUAGAGAAUACCUAUCAUGAUUUCUGGCUCAUGGUCUGGGAGCAAAAGGUGUUGGUGAUUGUCAUGACUACUCGCUUCGAAGAGGGUGGCAGGAGAAAAUGUGGCCAGUACUGGCCUUUAGAGAAAGACACUCAGAUCCGGUUUGGCUUCCUCACAGUGACCAAUUUAGGUGUGGAGAACAUGAACCAUUACAAGAAAACUACGCUAGAAAUUCACAACACAGAGGAGCGGCAGAAACGCCACGUGACCCACUUUCAGUUUCUGAGCUGGCCAGAUUAUGGCGUUCCUUCCUCAGCAGCCUCCCUCAUUGACUUCUUGAGAGUGGUCAGGUACCAGCAGAGGCUGGCUGUCAGCUGCAUGGGGACACGCUCCAAAGGGCAGGGCCCUGAGCCACCCAUUGUGGUCCACUGCAGUGCAGGAAUUGGCAGGACAGGUACCUUCUGCUCACUGGACAUCUGCCUGGCACAGCUGGAGGAACUUGGCACCCUUAACGUGUUCCAGACGGUGUCCCGCAUGAGGACCCAGAGGGCCUUCAGCAUCCAGACCCCUGAGCAGUACUAUUUUUGCUACAAGGCAAUCUUGGAGUUUGCAGAGCGGGAGGGCAUGGUACCCUCCACCCACAGCUUUCUGGCCAUGGAGGACCAGUAACUGUCCCAUGAGCCUCCUACCUGCUGGUCAGCCUUCCUUAAAUUUCCCUGGACACCGCUGAGCCUAUAGGUUGUCAUUACGUUGAAGCCAUGGACCAACCUCUUAUUGUGUUUCUGGCGCACGUGUGCGCGCAAGGCAGCCUUUCCCUUUGGCUAGAUAGAAGUGGAGAAAUUGCCACGAGAAAGGGCCAGCAGCAAUGUGUUCUGAAUUCCUAGCACCUGCUAUUGAACUGUGCCUUAUUAAAACCAAGUUGUGGCUAUCAAGUCUUACCAGGGGCCCCGAGAUUAGCGGGGAAGGAAUAUUCCUUCUCCCUUUCCCGAUGCCAUUCACCUUCUCAAGGUCCCUUUCCUAAUCUUCCCCUUUUCGAGGAUACAACGGGGAGGUUUGUUGAGCAUCCACCCUCCUUCCCAGAGAGCUUGACCAAGUUACAUAUUCUAGAGAACGUCCUGAGUGCCAAGCACGUUUAUAUGUAGGACGUGUAUUCCUGUCUUUUCUGUCAUUCUGUGUGUGUAUGUAUGUGCACUUCUGUGUAUGGGUCCAUAUGUACGUGUGUAUAUAAUAUAUAUUGUAUGUGAUAAUAUGGUCGUAUUCUAUAAAAACAUAUACACAGAUAA